CGAAAAGACUGGACGCCAUCUGUGCAUCUGAGGCCUUGCCGCAGCUCCCGAAGACCGCUGCUGCUGAUCUCUCCUGUUUGAUCUGCCUCCCCCGCCCAUCUUCCUCCCUGCCGACACACACCAAUUGACACAUACGUCGUCCCUCCAGCGAUGGCCUCUGCGUCAGACUUCGCGCUUGCCGCCAAGUUCGUCCAGUCGAUGCCCAAGGACGGGCCGGUGAAGCCGACGCAGGACGACAGGCUCAACUUCUACAAGUACACACACACACCACAGCACAGCAGAGCACAGCAGGACUCAGAGAGGGGCAUGCACUUGGGCUGCUGUGGUGUGGUGAUGGCCGGUUAGGUACUACAAGCAGGCGACGGAGGGCGACUGCAAGGGCGACGCGCCCUGGGCCAUACAGUUCGAGGCCAAGGUGAGCAGUGAGUGAGUGGCACAGACAGAUGCGCGCGGAGAUCAGCGGCACACACACUGCACACGUCGUGUAUGUCGGUGGUGCGUGUUGCCUUUGUGUGGUCAGGCCAAGCAUGAGGCGUGGAGCAGUGUCAAGGGUCUGUCUGCCGAUGAGGCGAAAGUCAAAUACGUCGAGGCCCUCAACAAGAUGUACCCCUCCUGGAAGGAAGAGGCCAACAAACUCGGACUCACCGCUUAGACAGACAAUGAGCCGACCGACCCAAUACACACACUGCUGCUGCUGCUGCUGCUGGUGAGAUGGUGCUGUUGUGUUUUGCACUGAGGGAGGCGCUUCAGUCCGUUGUGUGCUGUCUUUCUGUGACGAGGGGUUCGUGUGGCGGUGUUUCUCG